GCAGGCAAUUGGAGGGAGAGUGCAGCGCGCGAUACCGAAUAUAUGCUGAUGGGUAUUGUGGAAGGUGUGGAGGAUGAGAAGGGGGUGCAGGUAUCGAAGGAUGAUGUGGUUGAAGAAAGGAUGGGGUUGACUUCCUAUAGAGAUAAUUCCGGGAGUGAUUGGGAGAAAGGAUCAGAUACGCAAGCUUCCGAUCGUCUCGAAAGUUCGUGGAACGUUAGAGCGAAGACCACAAGAGAGAUGGAGAGUGUAAGUUUAAGUGAGGUUCAAGAUCCGGUGACUGGGGACUCGUUACCUGAAAUGGAUAUGGACUCUGAAGAAAUUGCGGAGGAGAUCGAGUCCGGUCUUCAUGAAACGCAGGGGGUUGGAGAUGUGGCAUUGGAGGAGACUGAGGCACAGUCAGUUGAGCUCGAGAUGCAUGACGACCAUUUCCAGACAUCCCCGAAGCUCCUUUCCUUCCCACGCAACCUCGAGCUCUUUAACCCAGUUUACGCUCUUACCCACCAACAGCCGCCCCCCUCUCCGCCCCACAGGGAAGACACCUAUCGCUACAUCCGCAAUCGCCGUGAGCAACGCAAGGAGGAUUUUGUCAUAGCGAGGCGGAAUAGCAUGAGUGUUGCGAAGGAAUUGGAGGAUGUAUAUGGCAGGGGGACUCCUCCCGUGCCUUCCUCUGCUAAACAUCAGGGAGGAGAAGCAAGCGAGGACGAGAAUGAUGAGAGGGGCAGCGGCGUGCUCAGGCCGGUUGAGUCCAGAGAGGAAUCCCCGCAGCCCGGGGUGAGGGUCGUGAGGCCUAGGUCGAAUCCGCGGAAACGAUCUCCAUCUCACGAGAUGGAGAUGGAUGAGGAGGUGGAAGACAGGAGUAAGAAGAGGAAAAAAGUUGAGGUUGAGGGGAUUAGUGACCCGAGAAUGCUGUUUCAUCGGGGGUUGCCUGAAUUGGAGGAUGUGGAGGGUUGGAAGUGAAGCAAGCAACCGUGGGAGCAGAGGCCGGGACGAGUGCAGGGAUUUCAGAGAAAGGGAGGAGGAAAUUGGGAGCGACACACUAAUACCAGCGAUCCCUAAUAAUGCAACAUCUGUCGGCGCUUAUAGAAGCAUGGUUCAAUAUAACCCUGAAUAUUCACGGC